AUGGGGAAGUUGUGGCUAUGGGUUGGUGCUGCCUACAAGCUGGUAUGUUAUUUCACCAACUGGGCACCUGGACGCCCUGAAUCUGCCUCCACCUUCCCCCGUGACCUGGAUCCCUUUCUCUGCACCCACCUGAUAUUUGCCUUUGCCUCAAUGAGCAACAAUCAGAUUGUUCCCGAGACUCUCCAAGAUGAAAAAAUUCUCUACCCCCAGUUCAACAAACUCAAGGAGAGGAACAGGGAGCUGAAAACCCUGCUGUCCAUCGGAGGGUGGAACUUUGGCACAUUGAGGUUCACCUCUAUGCUGCACACAUUCGGCAACCGUGAAAAGUUUAUUAAUUCAGCUAUAUCCCUCCUGAGGACACACAACUUUGAUGGUCUCGACCUUUUCUUCUUAUACCCUGGACUGAGGAACAGCCCCACGCAUGACCGAUGGAAGUUUCUUAUCUUAAUUGAAGAGCUCCUCAGUGCCUUCCAGAAGGAGGCCCUUCUCACCCAUCGUCCGAGGCUGCUGCUCUCUGCUGCAGUGUCUGGUGCCCCACACAUCAUCCAAACAUCUUAUGAUGUAAACCUUCUAGGGAGACUCCUGGAUUUUAUCAAUGUCUUGUCUUAUGACUUUCAUGGAAGCUGGGAAAAGUUCACAGGACACAAUAGCCCCCUGUACUCUUUUCCUGAGGACCCGAAAUCUUCGGCAUAUGCUAUGAAUUACUGGCGGAACCUUGGGGCACCUUCAGAGAAGCUCAUGAUGGGGUUCCCCACCUAUGGGCGCACCUUUCGCCUCCUCGAACCCUCUGAUAAUGGGUUGCAGGCUGUAGCAACAGGACCAGCGUCUCCAGGGACGUACACCAAGCAAGCUGGCAUCUUGGCUUAUUAUGAGAUUUGCUCCUUUCUUGAGAAAGCAAGAAAGGACUGGAUUGGCUAUCAGCAUGUCCCGUAUGCCUACAAAGGGAAGGAGUGGGUUGGCUAUGACGACAUCAGGAGCUUCCAGGAGAAGGCAAAGUUUGUGAAGGCAGARCAUUUUGGGGGGGCCAUGGUGUGGACAUUGGACAUGGAUGACGUCAAGGGAGCUUUCUGUGGCAAUGGCCCUUUUCCCCUUUUAUACACAUUGAAUUACCUCCUGCUGCAAGACGAGGUCAGCUCAACUCCUUUACCACAGUUUGGGUUCUCAUCUGCUAUGAAUUCUUUAUSUGAUUCUGAAAGGCUGGCUGUGACAAAGGCAUUGAGCACUGAUAUUAUUAACAUUUUUUCCCCAGGAAGAAAAGCUGAGGCUCCUGAAGUCCGUGGAAAGCAUAAAAAUAUAACUUCAGUUCCUGGAGGUGGAGUCAUGACCCUUGGAAGGGAAACAGGAUCCCUUGGAAAUCACACUGUCGCUCUAUGGGGCACUGCGGUCCCUGGAGCAAGGACUAUGACUUCAGUGGACCAUCAGUCUGUGACCACUGCAGGGACAACGGAAGCCCUUGAGCAUUUUCAGACAGAGACCCUCAGUAAGACAAUGGCCCCUAAUAAGAAGUCURUGUUCCCUGAGAAAGUUACUGUCCCCACCAGAAAGAUGUCAGUCACCUAUAAUGGGCAAACUGUGACUCAACAAGGARUGAAUUUGAGUUCUGUAUGGGAACUGCCCCAGGGUGGGUGA